UCUGGAUGACCAUGUCCAUCUUCUUUCCAGGUGACCAGGCAUUGAUGCACCCCCAAGGGAGGACACGUGCUCAAGGAGGCUACCCCCGCUGGCUACUGCUCACAUGGUUUCUGGGCCCCUGGCACUCCGGUGGUACGCGUGGACAGGGCGUGGGGACAUGGGGCCUGACAUGGAGCUGCCCAGCCACUCGAAGCAGCUCCUGCUACAGCUGAACCAGCAGAGGACAAAGGGCUUCCUGUGUGAUGUCAUCAUCAUGGUGGAGAACUCCAUCUUCCGGGCCCACAAGAAUGUCCUGGCCGCCAGCAGCAUCUACUUCAAGUCCCUGGUCCUGCACGACAACCUCAUCAACCUGGACACGGACAUGGUCAGCUCCACAGUGUUCCAGCAGAUUCUGGACUUUAUCUACACGGGCAAGCUGCUUCCCAGCGACCAGCCAGCUGAGCCCAACUUCAGCACUCUCCUCACUGCCGCCAGCUACCUCCAGCUGCCCGAGUUGGCAGCCCUCUGUCGUAGAAAGCUUAAGCGAGCCGGCAAGACCUUCGGCUCUGGACGGGUGGGGGCUACUGGCAUGGGGCGGCCCCCUCGCAGCCAGCGGCUGUCCACAGCUUCCGUCAUCCAGGCUCGGUAUCCGGGGCUCAUGGAUGGACGCAAGGGGGCCCACACCACCCAGGAGCUCCCCCAGGCCAAAGGCUCAGAUGACGAGCUCUUCCUCGGCAGCUCCAACCAGGAGAGUGUACACAGCCUGGGCCGGGCUGUCUGUCCAGCCAGUGGGGAGGCCGGCCUGGGCAGCUGUAGCACCAAUGGGAGCAGUGGAGGCUGCGAGCAGGAGCUGGGCCUAGACCUGUCCAAGAAGAGCCCCCCCUUACCUCCUGCCACUCCUGGUCCCCCCCUCACUCCUGAUGACCCAGCCCAGCUGAGCGACAGUCAGCACGGCUCACCCCUCUCGGCCUCUGCCCCUCCCAUUGCCAACAGUGCCUCUUAUGCCGAGCUGGGGGGCACCCCCAGUGAGCCCAUGGAUCUGGAGGGGGCCGAGGACAACCACCUGAGCCUGUUGGAGGGGCCUGGCGGGCAGCCCCGGAAGAGCCUCCGGCACUCAGCCCGCAAGAAGGAGUGGAACAAAAAGGAGCCUGUGGCUGGCUCCCCCUUUGAGCGGAGGGAAGUGGGGCCCAAGGGCUCCUGCCCAGGGGAGGAGAGUGAGGGGCUUGGGGAAAGGGUUCCCAAUGGCAUCCUGGCCAGCAGUGGAGCAGGGGGUGGCCCCAGCGUGCCCUAUGGGGAGCCCUCAUACCCCUGCAAAGAGGAGGAGGAGAACGGCAAGGACGGGAGUGAGGACAGCGGGCAGAGCGGGAGUGAGGGGGGCAGUGGCCACGCCAGCGCCCACUACGUGUACCGGCAAGAGGGCUACGAGACAGUGUCCUAUGGGGACAACCUGUAUGUGUGCAUCCCCUGCGCCAAAGGCUUCCCCAGCUCCGAGCAGCUCAACGCCCACGUGGAGACGCACACAGAGGAGGAGCUGUUCAUCAAGGAGGAGGGUGCCUACGAGACGGGCAGUGGGGGUGCUGAGGAGGAGGCUGAGGACCUGUCAGCGCCCAGUGCAGCCUACGCAGCUGAGCCCCGGCCCUUCAAGUGCUCGGUCUGUGAGAAGACCUACAAGGACCCGGCCACUCUGCGGCAGCAUGAGAAGACGCACUGGCUGACGCGGCCCUUCCCUUGCAACAUCUGCGGCAAGAUGUUCACGCAGCGUGGCACCAUGACACGCCACAUGCGCAGCCACCUGGGCCUGAAGCCCUUCGCCUGCGAUGAGUGUGGCAUGCGCUUCACCCGCCAGUACCGCCUGACGGAGCACAUGCGCGUGCACUCAGGUGAGAAGCCCUACGAGUGCCAGCUCUGUGGGGGCAAGUUCACCCAGCAGCGCAACCUCAUCAGCCACCUGCGCAUGCACACCUCCCCCUCCUAGAAGCCAAAGACCUUCUCCAGCCUGUGGGUGGCCUCUGCAGACUCGCCCUCUGUAGGCUUGCCCUCAGGAACAAUGGAAGGAAGAAGCAAGGAGGCCCGGCAGGCGGACCUGGACCCCAAAUCCAGCGGGGGUGGCUCCUGGUGGCACCUCCAGCCAGCCCCCCCACCCAGAGCUUUAAUCCACAGUCUGUACCAAGGGAAGAGAGCAGAGGAAGGCCGGGUCUCGAGCCCCAAAGGUAUUGCGGGUGUGCAGUCUACCUCUAGAUCCCGCCCAGGCCCCCGGCUCUCUGCCAGGGCGGCCAUAGGGCCUGUGGGAGUGGGUCAUGGGGCUCGCAGAGACCUGGCCUUUUUCUCGCAGGUCAGGCCUGAGCAGGGGGAGUGGGGACCUCCCUCCAUGCUGGGAGGAUCAGGGCUGCCUGUGGCCAGGGGCAGUGUCCCCACACGCAGGAGUGCUAGUCUGUGUGCGGGCCACCUUGGUUCUAAGGGGAGCAGUGCUGGGUGGGAGGUGAUGGAGUCCCCCUUCCUCAAGUAGGGGGGCCCUCACCGCCUACCUCUCCACAACUAAAGAGCCCUUUGGGCCUGCGUUGCUGUUAUUCCUACUGAUCUGUUCCUUUUUUCUUUGUGAGUUUUGUUUUUUAAACCAAAACCAACAAGAGUUUAUUUUCCUCCCGGCCCCUCGGGGCUGAGCCUGGGUCUGCAGACUGAAUGUAUGGGGCAGCUGCCCCUCCCGCCCUGGCUGCAGGCUUCGGGGCGCCCACCCCUCCAGGCCCCAGAAGCCCUUCUUGGCCAAAGGCUUCCCUGGGCCCCGAGCCCGCCUCGGCUGCCUCAGGAGAGAGAGUGCUUUUCCUAUAGUUUCUGAGGAAUCUUUGUUUAGAGGUACUUGUUUUUUAUUAAGAGAAAAACCAGUGUAAGGUUUAUGUGAAUGUUUGAACUGGAAGGUCUGGGGUUGGGGGGGGGGAGGCCGUACUGGGUGCCAGGGCCGUUGGUCCUUGUGUUCCUUUUUGUGUGUGUGGUUUGCGCAGUGCGUGGGGACAGAUGUUGCGCUUUCCUUCUUCCUUACCUGUCAAGGUGGAGAGACUUCUGACCUUUUGCUACCUCUUGAAAUUCAUGAACAGUAAGUUGGUGACUGGCAGUUGAGGCCAUGACAGUUGUUUUCCUCUCUUAGUGCACAGACGUUUGGGUGCACAGCCCUGGGCCCCGCCACACACACCAUACUCUCAGUGAGGCUCCUGCAGCUCCAGGGUCUCUGUGCUCAUGGGUGGGUUUCCUCCUGAGCACAGGGCUAGUUGUGGCGUUCUGAGUGUGCUGCUGAGAGCCAGGGAGCCUACACAAUUCCAGUCUGGGACCAGGUGAGGGUGUCAGUUUUCCAGCCCCAUGGGAGCCAGGUAUUAGGCAACGGGGAGAUGGGAGCCAGCUCUUUUCAGCCCCUUGCCAGGAUCAGGGUGAGGCAGAAGUGAGCCCCCCCAUCCUGUUCCCUGGGCCUGCAAGAGCUUGAGCUUGGGGAAGUAGCAGCUCCAUCUAGCUAGUGCUAGCAGGUGCUAGCCAGUAUGGAGGCAUGGGAAGGGGCUGACCAGAGUGAUAUGUACCCCCUGGGGGGCAGGGAGGGGACUUGUCCUGCUUGAGCAUUGUUCUAGGUAGUCCUGGCCCACUGUCACUCUGUCUCGAGGCUGGCCGCCACCCAUUGGCUCAUCCCUGUCUGGGGUUUCACCCCUCGCCCCUCACCUUGGGUUUUCUCCACCAGCCUCAGAUGCCGCCGUGGGCCCAGAGCCUGGCUCACAAGGCCAGAGCAAGGUUGCUGAAGUCGGCUCCGCUGUCAGCUGACUGGAGCCACGGGGCUGAGACAGCGGCUUUAUCGUCUUCAUUUUGCUCCGUGCUUUUGCUUUUUUUUUUUCUUUUUUCUUUCUACUUUAAGUUCAGACCAAAAAAUUCUGGAGUCAUCCCUACCCCUACCCCUCAACCCUUCCACAGACCCUCCAGCUGAAAACAGAGCCUGAGUUCAGGGACCCGAGUGGUGAAUGGGUGUUUCGGGAGUGAGGGCUCCUGGGUGAGCCCUCCUGUGGCACCCGUGGCCCUGAGCCGGCUCCUCUUCCUUUGGGUGGGAAAUGGAGGACCAGGCCCAGGGUCUCUUGUCCAGCAGGUCAGUGAGGGGCAGGGCCUGACGCAGGCCCCUUUGCUCUCCCAGCCCCCACCCCACUCAGUCAGCACUUAAGCCACAGGACACAAAGUCUGUACUGCACGGGAGGUGUGCACCCGCCCGGCCUGCGUGUGGCCUCCUCAGCUGUGGGCCUCCGCAAACGUGAGGUGACUUGUGAAAGUAGGCGAUUCAUUUGCAGAGCUUCAGGGACUGGGCUCAAAGGCCCCUCACUCAACGACGUUUGUGCGACAUAGUAUUGUACCCACCUGAGUAUUGUAUCGAGCCUUUUCUGUAUUUUAACAAGAAAGCAAAACACUAGUUUCUUAUUUAAGACUUUAAGGGUUUGUGGGGCGGGGCGGGGUUGACACAACACUUGUUUUUGUUUUCUUUCCCUUUGAUCUCAUGUGGAGUGUGCUUGCGAGAGUGUGCGUGGAAAUGCGUUAAGAGCCUCACAAGGAAAUUAGGCCACUGGAGGCCCAGGGCGGCUUACAGUUCUCUGCUUUAGUCACUUAAUUCCUGAAUGUUUCGGAGAAACAGGAAACAGAAAACAGCAGAUGUCAUGUAGGAAAGGAUAAACGACAGCAAAAAGAAAAAAGGAAAAAAAAGCUCAUACCCAAAUUCACAAAACUUAUUUUUUAAACCAAAGCACAUUUUGAAUGAGUACGGAACCUCAACAGGAUCAGAAAAAAGAUGCUAAUAUAUUUAUCUCAUUGUUUACAUAAACUUUUACAGUUUCAGACCUCAGCAGCUGUAAGGCCAGUCCCAGUGAGUCCCAACCUUCUGCUGGAGGCCCUUCCAAGUCGGCCCUGGUAGAGCUCCCAGACAGAGGGGCAGCUAUGGGACUGGGGCAGGUGUGGCGGUCCCCGGAUUCACCUGAGCCUUCUUUCCCAGCCCCGGGCCUCUCCAAGCCCAGCUGGCACCAAAGAGCUUGGGCCAGUGCUGACUGGCCCCCAGGCCUCCUGGCCAUUCUGGCCAGCUGGCACAGCAGGGGGUGGCUGUCGGCUCUGACCACAGGACCCGAGUCUGGGCUUGGGCCCCGGGAUGGAGGUGAGCCCUACCCUGCUGCUCUGCCCAAGAUCCUGGGGUGUGUUGAUGUGAGGGUCCCUCUCAAGCCAAAAAGCCAGGACCUUUGCACGUCCAUUGAUCCUGGCUGGUCCCAGCCCCUGGGGACCCACCCUACCACCACCACUACCACCACCACCACCACCAGCAGGAGGGGCUUACUGGGCUGGUCCUUACCAACACAGAUGGUGCAAACACUCUGAACAGUGUUGUUUUUGUAUCAAUAUGUUUGUGCAGUGAUGAAUGUAUUUAUUUCUCAGACUUGGGGCGAGCGAGGGGCAGGCCGGGCUCUGCCACCGCACACUCCUGCCAGACCGAGCCACCUCAAGGGCUCGUCCAGGAUUGCAAAAAAGAAAAGAUGAACCUUUAAGCAAAUAAGAAUCUCAGAGACUCGCAGCAUAGCCAUACACCUCAGCCUGUGAACGAACAAUCCGGACCCAGACUGACUUUCAGAACCUCACACAGCCAUGUGUGUGUUUCCCAUUGGUCACCACUCUGGGGCGCUGGGCUGUCCCCUGCCCCCACCCCGUCAGUAUUCACUGGACUUGACCGAGUGCAGGAGUGCGAUCUGGGCUGGCUGGCUGGGCAGGCAGACCCCAGCUGCCUUCCCCGCGGCUGUCCCGAGUUGGGGUGAGGCCUGGGCAGCCAGGAGGGUAGGGCUCAGGGAAGAGGUCAUUGCAUCCGUCCUGUUCCCUCAACUUGGGGGGGGGGGACAAAAGCAGAGGUGCCAGGCCUUAGGAGAACAAACAAGGGGUCUCAGCUCUGCCAUGCCCCUGAAGGGACCAAGGCCCUUGCUCUUCCCCGGAGCCACGUUGGGGCAGACAUUCUUGAACCUGUGAAUCUGAUGCCAGGAGUGAGGGGAUGGAGAGGGACCUACCCAGAGCCUCCGUCUGACAUUCCAAAUCAGGGGGUGGGUGUGCACUGUGGGAAUUGAGGCUGCCCAGUACCCCCCAGCUUCAGUCAUCCCACUUUGAUUUUCUACCAGGAACCCCUCCCCCUACCUCACCUUGCUAUUUAUUGCUGUAAUUUAUUGACCUCAGAAAUGCUGCAUAACAGACCUCACUUGGGGCAGGGAGGAUCCCCAGGGCUCCCCCCCCUCCACUUGGCGGGGCCCCGUGGGGCCAGGUGCUGAGGGGAGCCUCUCUGUACCCUACCCAUCACUUGCUUUCCCCCUCCCCCCUUGGGGGACCCCAGGUUGGGCACUUGCCCAUUCAUAAAUACCUCGAGGGGGAGGGAGAGGGAUGGGGUUAUAGCUGUUUUGUUUAAUUGGAACUGGAAGAGGGAUCAUGUCCUUACUUUAUGUCCUUCCCAGAAAGGGGGGGGGACACUGUGAUCGCACUCCUGUACUGGCCACCACCGCUGUCAGUCAUCACAUUGAGUUCACUUCCCUCGAGAGUUUGGAUAAAUUCAGGUCAGAGCUGCAAGUAGCAGCCCUCAAGUGUCAUAGAAAAGCAAUUCACCAACGACUGAUCUCUCCAUUCAGAAGCGUGCAGUCUUAAUGUACAGUGAUGAGAAACUGUUAUUUUAUGAUCUUUUCAUUAAAAGCUUGAUGGAAAAACUA